AUGAAACUUUCCGGCUUUCUGCUUCUCGUCGCGUCUUCCGCGGCAAACGCAGCAGCCGCCCCGGGCCACGAAGGGUCGCCGCCGCCGCCGCCGCCGCCGAAUCCAUCAUACCUCUUCUCGAACCCACCUUCCUCGGACUCUUCCACCAGGAUCCCGACCUCGCGCGAAUCGGCCGCCAUGGCGCGGCGCAUCCUCGCCCUCACCCCGCUGGCAACCUUCUCCACCGUCUUCCCCGCGUCUCAGAGCCAUCCUGAAGUCGCCGGCAUACCGAUCGGCAUGAACGACUACAUAGCCGACUGCGAGGAGGGCGGAAACCCAACCAUCCUCUCCCUCAAGAUCGGAACGUCGUUCCGCAACGUCGCGCAUGGGAGUAACAUCAGCCUGGCGCUGGCCUGGGUUCCACCCUACCCACCCAGCAAGCGCAUCAGAUCAAGCUCGUGGGCGUCGAGCGUCUUGAGCUUCUUUGGUGUUGGCGACGGCGGCGCCAAAGAGGAUCGGCCCGACACCGUGCCGUACUCUGCCGCCAACCUUCCGCGGUUCUCGCUCAUGGGCUACCUCGAGAGGAUUGAGCCGGCAAAGCACUUGAGCGUGGCGGCAUGCUACGUCAACACCCACCCGGAUGCCAAGUACUGGCUCCCCGGGAACCCGAUCCACGAGGCUGAGUGGGUGCGUCUUGUGGUGACCAAGGUCUACUGGGUCGGUGGCUUCGGCGACCGCGCUUAUAUUGGCUGGAUCCCAGUUGAGGAGUGGAAGGAUGUCACAAGGGAAGAAUGGGAAUCUUUGCGCCUUCCAGGGGAGAAGCCAGGAUGGAAGGAGUGGAGCAUUGGAGAGCUUGCGGAUUUGUGA